AUGCACUCUCACGAAAGUCGCUAUACCGGCCAGGCUCUCACCAAUUCCUUUAAGGUUGCCGGGCUGUUUCUUCUCUGCUCCACUGGCCUCUGGGCACUGGCCGCAGGGGCCAGACGCAAGGAGUGGGUCGACAUUCUGUUGGAUUAUUGCCACCACAAGAGAAGCUGCUAUGGCGGAACCGUCAAGGAUAGGAGGGUGUACAGGACAACCUAG